CACUAUAAACACCGACAGCACUGUUCAAUAGCAAUACGUCAUAGCGCAAACAUAGUGGGUGUAUCAUUGGAGGUAAUAGCUGCUUUCAGUGGGUUUGAGCCCGCCUUCAGUGUUAUAUUCAUCAAGUGAAAGUGUCUCUGAUUGGUUACCUUUGUAUCUUAUAUGACAAAUCAUUUGAUUGGCUAUAGAAACACGUUUCGUGUUAUCGAAACGUCUGAAAUCGUUGUCUGCCUUUUACUACGCUUUGUUAUUUGAAUGAUCUCAAAACAAGCCUACUACGCUAUCGCGCGUGCUAUAUAAGGCGCGGGAAACCCGGCUCCAUCAAGUGACACGCUGACAGGGUUAGAACAGGCAAUAUAUUUCGGAAAGUGAAACGACUCGGUGGAAAAACAUCAUGGAUUCUUUAACAGUAGGAAUUCUUAGCUUUAUUUUGACAUUCAGUGUUUUAUCUGCAUCCAGUGAAACAGACAUUAUGGAUAAACGCAGGCCAGGAUGGGGGAAACGAGACGAUCAAACAAGCGACUCGACAUUAGAAGAGUUUGGGGAACCGGACAAACGCCGCCCUGGAUGGGGUAAACGAGAUUCGACUGAUUUCUUAGAUAAUUCUCUUGAUAAACGCCGCCCUGGGUGGGGCAAACGUAGCGACAUUUUGGACAGAAUCUCAAUGCUGAAAAGGAGGCCAGGUUGGGGUAAGAGAACGUUAUCGGACUUUUCUGAUUUAGACAAAAGAAGACCUGGCUGGGGCAAGAGGGAUUCCGAAGGAAUGGACAUGGAGAUACGGGCACCAGGCUGGGGAAAACGAAACUCUAUUGAUGAUGGUGAAUAUUCUGUAUACGACAAAAGGCGACCAGGAUGGGGUAAAAGAUCAGACAAUAUUGAACUAGAAACACGAAGACCCGGAUGGGGAAAACGAGCGCCCGGAUGGGGAAAGCGGUCCAUGGAUGUUUGUCUCUCUAUGAAGGAAAAAGCUGAAUAUUUAAUAAACUCUGCUAUUGAGAUUGAGACAGAAUAUGCCUCUCUGUGUGGAAUUCGUGAUCCAAGAUCAUGAGGAUGUGCAGAACAGAACAUAACCUCUAUAUUUACCUAUAUCGCUUUUUCCUGUUGACGUUUACACAUCCUCUCAGAGACUGACUUCGUGCCCUAUUUGGUGAAACAAGGAAACUUAAAGGCAUUACUUUGUUACAUUGGAAACCCAACUCAAAAAUCCUGUAAAGAAAACUCAAACGUUAAUAAAAGCAAAUUAACUAUGGUUACAUUCGUUAUACCACUAACUACCACAUCAAAUGGAUGUAUUUGAUUAUAUUUUUUUAACAUUUGCAAUUCGAAUGAUAACUCAACGCUUCUCGUCUGCUCUCGUCCAUAGUUUCCCGACAUUGAUAUGAGGAAUGAAAAGCAGAAAGGAAUCAUAAUCUUAUUUGGCUUUCUGUCAAAUUACAUCGUGGAAGUAAAUAUUAAUAAAGCAUUUGAUGCGCUA